AUGUCGAAUCUGAUGCACAAAGUCAAGGAUGCCAUGACUGGCCAUCUCCACUCGGACAACAAGGGUUCUCAUCAUAAUUCUUCUAGCAUGGAAGAUAGAUCAGAGAACACAAUGAAUGGUCAGUUGCUUGCAUUAGAACCGUUGAGUUGUUUUAGUUACUCACGUGCUGAGUAUAUAGAAGCUCGAGACACGUACAACUCCUCUGACACCAAAGCCAAGGACUAUGGUUCCAGUAAAUACAAUUCCUCCAUGGGGUCCGAUAAGUACGGUUCUAGUGAUUAUGGCGGCGAAGCCCACAACAAUUCUCAAAUGGGCAAUAGGAUGGAAGAAGGUGGCAAAGCUUACGGGACAGCUACCGGCAACAACAAUAGCUAUGGCUUGAGUGGCUACGAAUCCAAGAUGGACAACUCAAUGAAUACUGGCAAUAACUACGGUGCCACAACCACUGGCAUUGGUGCCCAGCACACCGGUAACAACUAUGGCUCCAGCGGCUAUGGCUCGAGCACUCGUCAAGAUUCAAGGAAACCCCCGAGCGGUUAUGGCUCGUCGGCCAUGGGGACAGAUACUUAUGGCUCAAACACUCGCACGGGCAACUAUGCCACAGAUACCCAGGCAUAUGGCACUGGCACUGGAGGGCUUAGCUCUGGAAACAUGAAUACCCGCCAGUACGACACUACUAUGAGCAACAAAAUGGGCUCCCGCAUGGAAGGAGACGUUGGUGACAAGAGCAAACCCUAUAUUGAUACCACCGCUUCUAAUAUGGACACGACCAAUCCAUCUGGUGCCUACAGUUCUAACUACGGAGCAGCCGGCAGCAACGCCAUGGACAAUGACCGCAAGGCCUAUAAUACCCGUUCGUCCGACAUGGCCAACCAGAUGGAAAACCGAGCCGAGUCCGAGUUCGAUACUCGCACCGGCCAGCAGGGCUUCGGUGGAACUGCAGCGGGUGGCAGCAGCUAUAAUGCCCCUGAGAGUGGGAAAAGACGUUCUUCUGGUCCACACAGCUCAAACCUGCUGAACAAGCUGGAUCCACGAGUGCGAAGCUCUGACUACCAGGACAAUACUGCAGGAAACCAGCGCGGAUAUUAA